UCGUUAUCGAGUUCAAACAACAGAUAGCGACUAUCCGCCAUGCCCAAGAACAAGGGAAAAGGCGGUAAGAACCGUCGUCGUGGAAAGAACGAGAACGACAACGAGAAGCGUGAACUCGUGUUUAAGGAGGAGGGCCAGGAGUAUGCGCAGGUCGUGAAGAUGCUCGGCAACGGCCGUCUGGAGGCUCUCUGCUUCGACGGCGAAAAGCGACUCGCCCACAUCCGUGGCAAGUUGAGGAAGAAGGUCUGGAUCAACCAGGGUGACAUCAUCCUCCUCUCGCUGCGUGAUUACCAGGACGAGAAGGGCGACGUGAUCAUGAAGUACACCGCCGACGAGGCCCGCAGUCUCAAGGCCUACGGCGAGCUGCCCGAACACGCCAAGAUCAACGAGACCGACACCUACGGCCACGAGGGCUUCGAGGACAACGUCGAGUUCGACGAGGACCGCGAGAGCGAAGACGAGAAGGAGAUCGAUGUCGACGAGCUCUAAUCUGCCCUCCCCCUCCCCUCCUUCUCUUGCGUCCCCGAUGCAUUUCCGCCCUGCCAGAAAGAGUCACUGGGUUUUAUUUGUGAACCUCCUCUCGCCGACCCUCCGUUUCCCUUUUUUU